CGGGUAUUUUCUCUCUUUAUUCUUCAUUAAUUGGCUGGAAGAAGAUCUUUCGACAAAAUGGCAGUUGAUCCACAAUUACAAGGAACUGUUCUAUUAAUAGCUGUUUCUUUGGGAGUUCUUGGUAAUAUACCAGUCGUCGUAUCCAUAUCUCUGCAACGAAGUCUACUGAAAAACAACCAUUAUUAUCUCCUUCUUCACUUGGCAAUAUGCGAUUUAUGUACGUUACUGUUCUUCAUACCAGAUGUAUAUUCCAUGUUUACCGCUAACCCUUCAAUUACAACAACUUCCCAUCUUCUUUGCAAGAUCUGGGGGCCAGCACAUACGGCAGUGUUUACAGCAGGGGCAAAUUUUCUUGUUGUAAUUUCUGCUCUUCGUUACCGAGCAAUUCUUCAUCCCUUCAAACUUCCUGUGACUCGAAGAACUUUGAAUUUCGCUGCAGUUUGUGUCCACAUGUUCGCCAUAAUUUGCAUCCUUCCAUACGCUAUGGUGCUAACAUUUCAUGAAGAAGACGGUUGCUCUAAGAAAUGGCCAUCAGAAUCACUCAGCCUUGCUUAUACAUGGUUCCUCGCGUGUGUUCAAUUUUUUCUCCCGGUUAUAAUCCUAUCUUUCAUUUACUAUAAGAUAGGCCAAGAAAUUCUGAUACGCAAUAAAACAAUUUCCAGAAUGGAUGCUCGCAACCAAAUCCCAGAGGAACACUCGUCUGAAUUUCGUCAUCGGCAAAAAAUUCGGAAUGCAAAACCAUUGUUUGUUUCUUUUGUGAUUGUCUUGUCUUUCAUUGUGUCAGGAUUUCCAUCGCAGGUUUUGUGGAUUGCUUUUACGAGUGCGUCAAAAAAGAUACCGAGUUAUGCUUUCCUGUUCAACGCGAUUUAUAUAUUUGGGACUUCAGUUAUUAAUCCAUUCGUUUAUGGAGCACUGGAUAAGAAAAUUUUUUCACUUUUUAAACAAUGUCGAAAAAUGCAAGUCCGCUUGUCAAGCUUGUCAAGGCGAGAGGUUUAUGAGACUAAAUUUUGA